CGGCUGCGCGUGAACGCGCGUUUGACGCCUCUUCUGCAGUGGCGGCGCGCAUUCGAGCGCAGGUCUGGUGUCUGCCGUUUGUCUCCCACUGACAUUGAUACUUAUACAGUACUUAACGGAUAAAAAGCCGAAGAAAAAAGCAUUAUAAAAUGUGGAAAUCUGUGGUGGGGCAUGAUGUUAAUGUGAAGGUUGAAUCGGAGGGGGACGACUGGGAAACAGAUCCAAAUUUUGAGAAUGAUGUAUCAGAGCAGGAGCAGAGAUGGGGUUCCAGAACCAUAGAAGGAUCAGGCCGAAAAGAACACAUCAGCAUUGCAGACCUCAGGCAGAAUGUGUCCCGGGAACAUGAGGUGGUUAAGAAGAAAGAACUGGACCAGGGCCCGAAAGCUUCUUACGGCUAUGGAGGGAAAUUCGGAGUUGAGAAAGACAGAAUGGACAAGGGUGCUUUAGGACACAGCUAUGUGGCGGACGUAGAAAAGCACUCAUCCCAGACAGAUGCAGCAAAGGGUUUCGGGGGGAAAUUCGGUGUGCAGAAGGACCGUGUGGACAAGUCUGCCAUGAACUACGAUUAUAAGAGUGAGGUACAGCAGCAUGAAUCUCAGAAAGAUUAUGCUAAAGGUUUUGGUGGCAAGUACGGUGUGCAGAAAGAGAGGGUUGACAAGGCCGCAGUGGGUUACGACUACAAAGGCGAGACUGAGAAACAUCAGUCACAGAAAGACUACGCAAAAGGCUUUGGGGGGAAGUAUGGUGUGGAGAAAGAAAAGGUUGACAAAGCCGCAGUGGGCUAUGACUACAAAGGAGAAACAGAGAAACAUCAGUCACAGAAAGACUAUGCAAAAGGCUUCGGGGGAAAAUAUGGAGUCGAAAAAGAAAAGGUUGACAAGGCUGCUUUGGGUUACGACUACAAAGGAGAAACUGAGAAGCAUCAGUCACAAAAAGAUUAUGCAAAGGGUUUUGGAGGACGAUAUGGUGUUGAAGCAGAUCGCAUGGAUAAGAGUGCAGCUUCAUUCAGUGAUAUGGAGUCACCAUCAUCAUCUUAUGAAAAGCCUCAGGCUUUCGAGGCCUCAAGUGCAGGAGCUGGAAACCUUAAGGCUCGAUUUGAGAACAUGGCGAAGGCCUCAGAUGAGGAGAACAGAAAGAGAGCAGAGGAGGAGAAAGCUAGAAGACUCGCUCGAGAGAAGAGAGAAAAGGAAGAGGCACAACGCAAACAGGAGGAGCGAAGCAGGCAUGAAGAGGAGGAAGAGGAUCAAAGACCGCCACCUGUGCCAGCAUCCCAAAAACCCCCACCUGUGCCAGCAUCCCAAAAACCCCCACCUGUGCCAGAAUCCCAAAAACCCCCACCUGUGCCAGAAUCCCCAAAACCCCAAGAGACAUUCAGAAAACUGCCUGAAAUUCCCAGAGAUGAUUCAGAGGAAGAAGCUCAGGUAGAGGAUCAGCCUGAAUACGAGGAGCCGCCAUUACUGCCACCCCGCUCAGAUGACUUGAUGGAAGAGGAGGACCAAACUUAUGCUGAAUGUGAACCUCCCCCCAUACCUCAGGAAGAAGAUUAUGAGGAUAUUGGCUCAUAUGCUACUGGAGCAGCUGUUGAUAAUGAUUAUGAAGAUCUGAGUGGGGCAGGACAAACAGCCACAGCCCUUUAUGACUACCAAGGAGAGGCCAGUGAUGAGAUCUCCUUCAUGCCAGGGGACAUCAUCGCUAACAUUGAGAUGGUGGAUGAGGGUUGGUGGAAAGGAACGUGUCAUGGUCGCACAGGCCUGUUUCCUGCCACUUUUGUGGAGCUUAAUUAGUUGCUAAUAAUCAGUGAUCAAAUUUAUGUUUAUUAGCCAAUUGCAGAACCUAUUGCAUUUUUUUAUGACAUACAAGUGCAAUAUACUAACAUGUACAGAAUGAAAAUUUAAAUUAGGCUAGAAAAUUAGUUCUUUUUGAUUGUUUUAAUGAGCCUGAUCUAUUAGCUGAAAAAAAAACAUUCAGUACACAUAGUUAGUAUCCAAAUAACAUUGACAUUAAUAUUUUUUUUCUAUUAACAUAUUAGUUUAAAAAAUAUGAUUAUAUACGCUACCGUUCAAAUGUUUGGGGUCUGUAAGAUUUUAUAAUGUUUUGAAAGUCUCUUUUGCACACCAAAGCUGCAUUUAUUUGAUCAAAUAUACAGUAAUAUUGUGAAAUAUUAUUACACUUUGUUUUGUACUUGAAUACAUUUAAAAAUGAUUUUUUAACAGUCAUUACUCAAGUGUCACAUGGUCCUUUAGAAAUCAUUCUAAUAUGCUGAUUUGGUGCUUGAAAAGCAUUUUAUAUUAUCAGUGUUCAAAACAACAAAAACAGUGGUGAUAUUCUUUUUUUCAGGAUUCUUUGAUAAAUAGUAAGUUCAUAAGAACAGCAUUUAUUAGAAACCUUGUGACAUUUAUGUUUUUCUGAUCAAUUUAAUGCAUCCUUUCUGAAUUACAGUAUUUAUGUUUUUUAAAAAUUACUGGCCCCAGACUUUUGAACGUUAGAAUGUGUAUAACAAAACAUUAAAUAAAUGUUUAACUAGUCACAAAUGUGACCCUGGACCACAAAACUAGUCAUAAGUCGCACAAGUAUAUUUGUAGCAAUAGCUAACAAUACAUUGAAUGGGUCAAAAUUGUCGAUUUUUAUGGCAAAAAUCAUUAGAAUAUUAAGUAAAGAUCAUGUUUAAUGAAGAUAUUUUGUAAAUUUCCUACCGUAAAUAUAUAAAAACUAAAUUUUUAAUUAGUAAUAUGCCUUGCUUAAGAACUUGGACAAGUUUAAAGCUUUAAAGGUUUUCUCAAUAUUUAGAUUUUUUUGCACCUUUGCACAUUUUCAAAUAGUUGUAUCUCUGAUAAAUAUUGUCCUAUCCUAAACAAACCAUACAUCAGUGGAAAGUUUAUUUAUUCAGCUUUCAGAUGAUGAAAAAUGACUUUUAUGAUUGGUUUUGUGGUCCUGGGUCACAAAUUUCAGUUACUUUAGUUAAUUUCCAGUCCUACAAUAUUGAAAAUGGAUUUUUAAAAGUGCAAAUAUUCCAUGUAAUCUCUAAUAAUGGGAUGUCAGUAUUACAUGGAGAAUCAUUACAAAGUAAUUAUGAAAUGCUGUUAAUAGUUUUAAAUGAGAAAUUAUACAUCAAUUAUCAUUUUUCUUCAUUUUUAUCAUGUUGCUCUACAUCAACAUUAUGCAUGGAAUAUAAAGAUUUACAAAUGUUCUAAUAUUUGAAGUUGUUUGCUGUGUUUAAAAUUGCAAUUAUAAAGAUUUUGGGUUGUUGCGGAGAGAGAUUUUAUGCAAAAGUACACCAUGCUGCCACUGGCUUAUGCUUGUUUCUAUUGACUCGAUGUUGUGCAUUUUGUUGACCACAAAAUAAAACUAAAUCCCACAGAAA